AUGGCCUCCGUAUUGAAGAAUUUCCUGGGUUUCCAAGCAGCCACAAAUGACAGCAACGUAUGCCCAGUGUCUCCGGAGAAGACUCCAGUAAGAGCUCUUCCGGCUAUAUGGUACACAUCGCCAGAGCUCUAUGAGCUCGAACGACGGGCAAUUUUCUCUAAGAAAUGGUUACUCACCACGCACAUACUACGAUUCCCCAAUACUGGUAGUUGGUCUCGAUACAAUAACGCGGGAUACCCUUUCAUUCUCGUCCGAGGCCAAGGUCAAGACAUAAAGGCAUUCCAUGAUAUCUGGUCGGAUGCAUCUUUCCACGUCCACCUGGAUGCAAAUGGCUUUAUCUGGAUAAACAUGGAUGCUGGCAAGCGGCCUGAAAUUUCGUGGGAGAAAGAUUUCAAAGGCAUCGACGAGCAGCCUCGAUUCAAGGAUUUCAACUUCGAGGACUACGUGUUUGACCACGCUUGGGAGAUGGAUGGUCCGUAUAACUGGAAGAUUCUUGCGGAUAAUUAUAAUGAGUGUUAUCACUGUCAGACAGCGCAUCCUGAUGUGCCAUCGUUGGCCGAUCUCGAAGCCUAUGCGGUUGACACAGUGGACGGAUCUAUCAUUCACUUUGCCAACGCCAAGCCAGACCAAGUUGAACGGGGACUGAAGAUUGCCAGCACAUACUAUUUUCCAAAUUCGUCAAUGACAGUAACGCCGCAUUUCUUCUUCAUGCAACGAUUUGUUCCCACCUCACCCACCAACUGCGAGAUGCGCUACGAAGUGUACCGGAAUAAGAACUCCAGCGAAGAGGAUUUCCAAUUGAUCAAUGGGAUGUACAAACGAAUCAUGGCGGAGGACAAAUAUCUCUGUACCGAGGCACAGAAGAACAUCGGCAGGGGUGUCUUUGUUAGUGGUCUGCUGCACCCCCGAAUGGAGAAAGGGCCAUUAUACUUCCAAGGCGUUGUGCGUGACCUUUUGUACGAGCAUUUUGAUCGUGAGAAGGAUGCAGGAAAGCAGAUUUGGCCAGCUCAACUCGAUAACUUCUUGCCCUUGAGCUAAGAGACUAUAAGAGCUCUGCCGGCGAAUAGCUCGGGCUUCAUGUGACCCAUGUCUAUCGAUAUCUAUUCCUUUUGUUCAGACCUUUUUAACAGAGUAGUAUCUUUAACUAUAAGCUAGCAAUCAGUACUCUGAUAGCAUUAUACUUCAGACUCUUGUCCAAAAAGGAUUUUGUUGAGCUAUACGGAUUACAGUAGCAGAAGUUUGGAUGAGUGAUAGGUUAGUAGUGCACUGGGGGAGCCUGGGGAGGGGUGUAGCUACUGAGACAAUCUAGAUGAAUCAUGAAAUAGACAGACAUCCGCGGUCUGCUCGUGUUUCCAAACUCGUGAGGAGUAUAUUCUCCAGAUAAGGUAGUCUGACCCCGACCGGUCAUGUGGUCGGCAUUUCCCACCAAAACGGUUAGACCAGCUGGACACCAAGUUCAGGAAAGAUUUGCCAUGGCAGGGCU